GAGAAAUUUUUUGUGGCGGAUGCAAGAAAAAUCAAAACAUUCAGACCAUGGCUAGAAAAUCAGAGAUUACACUUAAGAAUUUCUUCAUUUUUAAUUCCAAUCUAGCCACAGAGGAAGGAGAGGAGGAGAAAAAGAUCCUCUUCUACCACCCUCAGGACACGGACAAGGAUCAGAAAAUUAAGGAUGUUGGACUCAGUGAGGCUAUUAUUAAGUUCACAAAUACAUUCAAUCCAUUCGAGGAGUGUAAAUCCUUCAGGACACAGAAGACAUGUCAGGUAUACUUUGAGCCGGAGCCGGAUUUCUGGAUGGUUAUGACAAUAAAUGUCCCCUUCCUUGUGAAAGUCAAGGAUGGUAUGGAGUACAAUGAAUAUCGUGGAGAUGAUGUCCAUGAUUCCAUUUAUGGUGCUCUUCUUGAGCAAUCUUACAGCAUGUUUAGGCUCUUUGUGGGAACAUUUGGGGAGAAUUUCUUAGGAGAUUCCCUGGAGGAACAGUCAGAAAAUCUCUCUCAGCAGCUCCUGCAAUUCUUUAGCAAGUACGUUCUGACACUGAGAAUAGCAAAUGGUGAUAUCAUCGAUGUUACACGAACAAUUCAGUAUCUUCCGCUCAAUCAGACACUUUUCCUGCGAGUUCACAAUUUUAUCAAUAUGAUAGAGUCAACAUUUGAUUGUGUUAAAAGGUGCAUCUUCCUGUACAAUGAACAAAUUGUCUGGAGUGGAGUCAAUCCUCGGGAUCUUUACUGUAUUUUUGAGUAUUUGAGUGGGACAAUCUUCCCGAAAAUGCUGCAAUCGGACCUCCAGGGAGGCUCAGUCUCCCGGAAUUUUACUCUAAGUCAGCGAGGAAAUUUCCUAACUGGAGGUUCUGGACAGGAUGCUGUGAAGCCACCUCGAGUUUUUAUCUUUGGCACAGAAGAUACUUCCAGAAAGUCACCGAAGAUGUAUCUCUACGACUCAGAAGGUGGCUCAGCAGGGAGAUCAGGUUACUUUUUGGUGAUCUAUCGAGCAUUUGGUGCAAUCAUUUGCCUUUUCGUUGACGACUCCACAACUCUCUCGGAGGAUCUGUACGGUGAACUCCAGUCAUUUAUAGGGCCACAACUUACAACGAUCUCAUCGGAAAUCAGCGAAAGUUUCACUGGAAGCAAUUCUGUGAAAAUUAAUGACUUCUCAGAUGGAUUCUCUUCGAGAUUCCUGUAUUUUAAUGAAUUCAGUUUACAGCACGAUACGACAUUUUUUUCUGAGGGACGAAAUGUGCACAAAAAUCCCAAUGUUUCCCGCGAUAUCAUGAAUGUUAUCGCUGAUCUCUAUGAAGAACGCAAUGGGAGCAAUGUUAGUGAGGAGACUGUUGUUAAAAUGUGCAGUGAUUUCUGGAUAACUCACAAGAAAUCCAAUGCCAGGCAUUUUAUAGCCAUAGUCAACAAAAAUGCGACCCUCCUGGAGAUUGCUGAGGAAACCAGCAAGAUGUGUGAUCAACAUAUAAAGAAUGUAUUCUUUGAUAAGCAAAUAUAACUGAUAAUAAAGCAAAGUAUUGUAAAUAUUACAGGAAA